GGCUUUUCAACGUUGACAUUAAACUGGAAUUUAUUUUUUUCCAAUCAGUUAUAUGUUUGAAAUAUAUGAAUACACAAAUUAUUCACGAUACGGAUUUUCUCCUCUCGUCAACGUUGUUUGUCUCCUGGCUUUAUGUUGAUGGUGUUUGUCGAAACACAACUCAGACUUUUAAAGUUUGAAUAAUUCAUGAGAUAUAAUUUGCCUGCAUUAAAAAAGUUUCUGCAAAAGGGAGGGGGUUAUCAGCAAACAUAUUCAUAAGGUUAGCGGAAUGGCCACAGCGGCUUCCAACCCUUAUCUACCCAGCAGCAGCAUAUUAUCGUCCGGCUCGAUCGUGCACUCGGACUCCGGAGGUGGGAUGCAGCAGGGCAGUGCUGCUGUAACCUCAGUGUCCGGUGGGUACAGAGGAGACCCAACGGUUAAAAUGGUACAAAGUGAUUUCAUGCAGGGCGCAAUGGCAGCGAGCAACGGGGGACAUAUGCUGAGCCACGCUCACCAGUGGGUGACGUCCUUGCCUCACGCUGCAGCGGCGGCUGCAGCUGCCGCAGUGGCCGCAGCUGAAGCCGGAUCGCCUUGGUCAUCUAGUCCUGUUGGCAUGACAGGCAGUCCGCAGCAGCAGCAGGACGUGAAAAAUAACUCGGGGAGAGACGAUUUGCACUCGGGGACUGCGCUGCAUCACAGGCCCCCUCAUUUAGGUCCCCAUCAGACUCACGCGAGUGCCUGGGGUAGCACAACCGCUCACAUCCCCUCCAUAACUGCAAGCCAACAGCAGCAGCAGUCUCUUAUUUACUCGCAGACGGGAGGCUUCACGGUGAACGGCAUGCUCAGUCCACCGGGUAGCCAGAGCCUUGUUCACCCGGGUUUGGUGCGUGGUGACACACCGGAGCUCGAUCACAGCAGCCACCACCACCAUCAUCACCACCAGCAUCAGCAUCACCAGCAAGCACACCAUGGAGUGAAUAACCACGACCCGCACUCGGACGAGGACACGCCGACCUCGGACGACUUGGAGCACUUCGCCAAGCAGUUCAAACAACGCCGGAUCAAACUGGGCUUCACGCAAGCGGACGUGGGAUUGGCGUUGGGCACACUGUACGGGAACGUCUUCUCGCAGACCACAAUCUGUCGUUUCGAGGCUCUCCAGCUCAGCUUUAAGAACAUGUGCAAGCUGAAGCCGUUGCUAAAUAAAUGGCUAGAGGAAGCAGACUCUUCCACGGGCAGCCCCACCAGCAUUGACAAGAUAGCGGCUCAAGGCAGGAAGCGCAAGAAGCGCACCUCCAUCGAAGUAAGCGUGAAAGGCGCGUUGGAGAGCCACUUUUUAAAAUGCCCCAAGCCUUCGGCCCAAGAGAUAACCUCUCUAGCGGACAACUUGCAGCUGGAAAAGGAGGUCGUGAGAGUUUGGUUUUGCAAUCGGAGACAGAAAGAGAAAAGGAUGACGCCCCCAGGAGUGCCGCAGACGCCGGAGGAUGUAUAUUCUCAGGUCGGCAAUGGACAUUUUUUAGUAGAUUACUUAAAAGAUGCAAGUUUAACUGGGCCGAGCGAACCGGGCGACCAGAGGGUGACAACCACAAGUUCGUUCCAUCAGGUAAUUUUGGCGCAUUAACUUCAAUUGGAAAAUACAAGAAAUUUGAAAUGAACUACGAAUUCUUUGCCCCUACCCUGUUAUCAUAAUGUCUUCUUUGAGAGAGGCAAAAAACGCAGGCAAUUGUGUAUGUUGUAACGGGACAUUAAACCUCAAACAAAGGGAUGAAAUUCAGCUGAAGAAAAAUGCGAAGAACAGUGACAUCCACGAAGCUUCCGUCCAGCUUGGCAGAGAAGACUGCAUGGUUUGAUAUUAUCCAAAAAUGUGGAAUGGAUUUUUCCUGGCCUUCCAGCCCUUAUAAAAACAACAAAAGACUGCCCCGAUCUCAAAGAUCACAUUUUUUUAAAUUGUUUUUUAUUGUAAAGAACUGAGACUUACGUGGAUUUUUUUAGGAAAAAUAAAUAAAUCAAAGAGGACAUUUGAAAAGACUGAAUAUUUCGCAGCUGCACCUCUUUGAAAAUCUCCUGUGCGAACAUCCGUUGCCAAGUGGGCCAGAGUUGGUGCUGUGGAUGUUUUCAUGUGCUGCAAUUUCCAAGCAGUAUUCUUUGGUAGGUUUUAAUAAACAAGACUAUGUAAAGCCGGCAAUAUAGAUUCAUUAGAUCAGAUGCUGAUCGGAAUUAUUUACUUAAUAUUUUUCAUUAAAAUGCUUUGUUUUAAUAUUUUAUUCGGGAUAAAUAUGAACUAUUCCAAACAGUUAUUUAUUUCCCCAGAUUUGUGUAAAAUGUUCUCUCCCUGUUUUCGUUGUUGACCUUAUUUGUUUUGUUUAAUUUUGUAUUCUCAUUUCUAAAAGAGCACAAAUCUACACGAGCUGACUUUGACAGUAGGUAAUAAGGGUAUAUUUUGAUGUGAUGAUUUGAUUGUAAUUUAAUUUCAGUAGUGAUUCCGUAAGAGAUGAUCGAG